AUGCUUCCUAAAGCCCAUGUCAAUUUUCGAAGUAUUGGAAAUUUAACUUCCCAUACUAUCGAAAGCGCUCUUCUUCAAGUUCGUCGAAUAUCGUCGGGCCUUCAACAAAUUCAAAAACAUAGGGACAAGGCAAAGGAAAGGAUCGCCGAGAUAGACAGGCAGCGUCCUUUCGGAAAUUUUCUGAAAGACCGAUUUGACAGACAACAUAAUUACCUGAGGAUAUCAUUGACCGAAAAGUGCAAUCUGAGAUGUACGUACUGCAUGCCGGCCGAAGGAGUCAACCUAACCCCCUCACAUGAACUUUUAUCUUUUGAGGAAAUAAUGCGAAUUGCAAGGCUGUUUGUGUCCCAAGGAUUAACAGGAAUAAUGAUGAUAAUAGGAGAAUUGGGAAAACUGAAGUCUCAAGGCCUUCACACCUUAGCCAUCACUUCUAAUGGCAUCGCUCUAAAACGAAAAUUGCCAAGGCUUGUCGAGAAUGGCUUAAAUGCAUUGAAUAUUAGUCUGGAUACUUUGGAUCCUCUUAAAUUUGAGUUAAUUACUCGUCGUAAAGGAUUUGAACGCGUAAUGGAAUCCAUUGAGCAAGCCAUCUCUCUUGGUAUUAAACCGGUUAAAGUUAAUUGCGUGGUGAUGAGAGGAAUGAACGAUCAGGAAGUAUUAGACUUCAUAGACUUGACACGUACCAAGUCGAUCGAUGUGAGAUUUAUAGAGUAUAUGCCUUUUGAUGGUAAUAAGUGGAACAAAAAGAAGUUGGUUCCAUACCGAGAACUUUUAGACAAAAUUCAUGACAAGUAUAAUGAUGUUAGAAAACUUCAAGAUGACGCGAGCGACACUUCAAAGGCUUAUCAUAUACCAGGAUUUUUGGGUCAAUUUGGAUUUAUCACAUCAAUGUCCGACCAUUUUUGCGGGACAUGUAAUCGACUCAGAAUUACUGCCGACGGAAAUUUGAAGGUAUGCUUAUUUGGUAACGCCGAGAUUAAUUUGCGUGACCUGAUGCGAAAAGACACACCCGAUCAACAGUUACUGGACAUAAUUGGAUCAGCAGUUAAAAACAAAAAGAAACAGCACGCAGCAGACUUCGCUAGAAAUAUUAAGACGCUGGUUAGAUCUGCGGAGAAAUCUUUUCCCUUCACCAUCACCUCUUCGAGGGCUCAAACGUACAAUAUACCCAUUAUCUCUAAUCAAUCAUCUACGCACACUCAUGCUUCUUAUUCCACCAAAUCCGCCGUUUCUGACACCUUUUCAUCAACCGAUACCAACCCUUCGGCUUUCUCUCAUGUCGACUCUUCAACCGGACAUGCAUCAAUGGUGAAUGUUUCGGAGAAACCUUCGACCACGCGUACAGCAAUAGCACGUGGAAAAAUUAGAAUCGGUCGCGAAUCAUUUAAGCUUGUCCUCGCCAAUUCAUUGAAGAAGGGUGAUGUGCUAACCGUCUCUCGGAUCGCCGGUAUCAACGCUGCUAAACACACGGGACAUCUAAUCCCCCUUUGUCAUCCUUUACUGCUUUCUCACAUAUCAGUUGAUCUGAGGAUGGAAGAACGAGAUUAUUCGAUUGAAAUAACAGCAAAGGUUCAAUGCGAAGGUAAAACCGGUGUUGAGAUGGAGGCACUCACGGCGGUUAGCGUGUCGGCAUUAACGAUCUUUGACAUGUGCAAAUCCGUUGAUAAGAACAUGGUAAUUGAGAACUUGAGGGUAAUUCAUAAAAGCGGUGGUAAGAGUGGCGAGUGGAAUUUCUCUGAAGAAUAG